GUCCGUACUAGGAUGAGACGAUUACUGUGAAUUAAUUCGUUCCCAGAUUAAAUGAAUAAAGGAAAAAGCUGACCGGCGCAGAUUCAGGUCUUAUUACGAUGAUGACUGAUUUACUUUAGCGCAUUUUGCAACUAAUUUUACACCUGACAUCCUGACAAACAAGACAAGAGAGACAAGACACAGUUUUUGAUUUUUUUUUUUUCGAGAUAAAAUUUGCUUAGAAACAUAGCACAGCAGACCCACCGCUUCCAGGUAAAGUAACUGCAACUCUACGCAGGCGCACUGACAGGAGAUGAAGUGCUUCCUUCCUGAUGUGUAGAGGAGCGUGUGAAGUGUAGUUCUUUUCACUGCGAGCGGCGUUGCAGACAUUGAAGGUUAAAACAGUUGAAGUCUCAGCCUGAGCAGACCGUGAACACACCCGUCCUCUCCACAGACUUCACGGUGUUUAAUCCGGAGAGGAUUUGAAAUCAUCUCUGCCUUUAACGUGGGAUGCAAACAGCUGCAAAACUCAUGAAGGUUUUCGUGACGAGGCGCAUCCCGCAGGAGGGAAUGAAGAUCCUGUCAGCGGCGGCAGAGUGUGAGGUGUCUCUGUGGGACUCGGAUGAACCUGUGUCGAGAGCAGAGCUGCUCAAAGGUGUACAGGGGGCUCACGGUCUUCUGUGUCUGCUGUCAGACAAGAUCGAUGCUGAAGUCCUUGAUGCUGCAGGGCCAAACCUAAAAGUAAUCAGCACCUUGUCUGUUGGAUUUGACCACAUGGCUAUCGAUGAAAUAAAGAAACGGGGUAUACGUGUUGGAUACACUCCAGAUGUACUGACUGACGCCACAGCUGAACUGACUGUAGCUCUGCUGCUAGCCACCGCCCGCAGAUUACCAGAGGGAGUGGAAGAGGUCAAAAAUGGAGGCUGGAGCUCGUGGAAGCCUCUCUGGCUGUGUGGUUAUGGUCUUUCUGGCAGCACAGUAGGAAUCAUCGGACUGGGACGUAUCGGUAUGGCCAUCGCUCAGAGACUCAUGCCUUUCGGAGUGAAGAGGCUGCUGUACUCUGGGAGAACAGCCAAGGCCCACGCCACAGAGGUGAAUGGAGAAUUUGUUCCCCUGGACACUCUUGUGUCUGAGAGCGACUUCAUUGUUGUUUCCUGCUCCCUGACACCAGAGACCCAGGGCCUGUGUGACAAGGCCUUCUUCAGCAAGAUGAAGAACACUGCAGUCUUCAUCAACUCAAGCAGGGGGGCUGUGGUGAACCAGGAGGAUCUGUAUGAGGCUUUGAGCAGCGGACAAAUAGCUGCAGCUGGACUGGAUGUCACAACACCUGAGCCACUCCCAACAAACCACCCUCUUCUUACACUAAAAAACUGUGUGGUGUUGCCGCACAUCGGCAGCGCCACCUACUCCACCAGAGGCAUCAUGUCAGCCCUGGCGGCGCGAAACCUGCUGGGCGGCUUACAGGGCACAGAAAUGCCCAGCGAACUCAACUUCUAGGGCCUGAAACUGAGCCGCUGUGCCUGCCGCCUCCUCUGGUGCUGCGUGGAUUAUCAGAGAACAGCAACAUGCUUGUCUGAUAACAGUCUCUGAUGCGAGAUAAAAACAGUGCAGGAAUGAAAAGAAUAGUAAGAAUACUAACGUAGAUCAGACAUUGUGUCAGUGUCAGCUUGAUAGUUUCAUUUGACCCUGUCACAGUUUCAGAGGAUUGCACUUUUAAUAUACAGUGUGACAUUUUUGAGGAAGGAAAUGCUCAGUGCAGGGUUUAGUCGUUUCAGAUAUGUUUGCAAGUUCUUCAAAAAGAGGAUGAUGAACUAGCAACAAACUAGCAGCACUCCUUUACCUUAGCUCCGUACAUGUCUGGUCUUACUGGAACUGUCUGCAGUUAAACUGUAAAAACCUUUUCUCAUUUGCAUUUAAAAUGUUCCCUUCAAAACAGAAUCAGUGAUUUAUUAUCUCUCUCAUUCUAAAAGUAGCACUUGCCAUAAAGAUUUGCAUUACAUUUGUUGGUCUGCACUUUAUCCUGCUGAUAAUGCUCCAUGUCGUCACUUACUAAACAGUACAACACUCCAGUGAAAUGGGAUUUUUCUGAAGAAUAAAAACCUGUCAUUUAGUAGAAACGUAAA